UUAUAUAUAGUCUGAGUGAGUGACCCCACCUUAAUACUUGAUACUGUUUAUACACGCACGUGCAUGGCAUGCAGAGACAGUUUCUGCACUUAACUAGCCCAAACGAAAGAUUGGAGGACACUAUUAAACAUUGGACAAGUAUGGCUGUUGUGAAUACCGCUAUCAAGCUGACAUUGAUUCUUUUGAUUAUACAACCAUUUGUUUACUGUGUCAAUGAACAAGACGGCCUUACCUGUUUGGCUGAAAGGUUACCAAGCAGUGACAAAACAUUUCAGGAGUGCAGAACUCUCACAUUAGAGACAAAUCAAACAACAUUCUGCACUAAUGACACUUGUCGAAACCACUACACAUCAGCCUUCAAUUACUGUGGCCUAUGCAAUCCAUUUCAGUUGGCUUGCGAGGAAUCAACAACAAAUUAUAGCAGCUUGACAUGCUUGUUUGUGGAAGCUACUGGAGAUGGCUUGGGGGAGUGCCAAAGAAAAAGAUCUGAGGAAGGUCUCACAGCGUACUGUCUGGAUGAGAGCUGCUAUUUUAUUGAGGAAGCCUUUAACAAAUGUGGGUUUGCUUGGCAUGGCUGUAAUCCUGUUCGAGAAACUUGCGAUAAGCAUUUCAGAUCUGUGCUGCCUCAAUGCAACAGUGGAGGAAAGCCAGCCACUACAAUAACAGCUAUUAUGAUUCUGAUGAUGUGUUCCAUUCUCAUGAUUUGAGUAAUCGUGCCCAAAACUUUGAAAGACCAGUUCAAAAUUACUGCAACACUGUAUCUUAGCGUUGUGCAUCAAGAACUAUAUAUAAUUAUAUAUAGCAUUUAUAUUAGCUUGCAAUUAUGGCUUGUGUAUAAUUAUACAUGUUACGUACAAUGCAUGUGGCAUGAUUAUUUGCAUAUUUGUAUUUAUAUCUGAACGUGGAACAUUAAUUCCUUAGACUUCA